GAGCCUCUCAGAGAGAAACUCUACUUCGCACCAUGUCAGACAAGGUCAUGCAUCAAUAUAAGCACUAUAGAAGAUGGCUGUGUUGUGGAGCUAGUAAAGAAUUUCACAGUUAUGCUGCGAAGAGAUGCAUUUGACAGCAUAAAGAUAGAGCCAUCAGAAGCAAGCAUUGGAAUCAGUGACAGUGAUGUGUGCGAAUCGUGGGAGGCAGGAGAGAUGUGCCCGUAAAUGAGGGUGAUGGUUAUGCGAGGUUAUUCUUGGCAGUCACUGAUGAAUUUGGCUCAAUGACUUGCAGCGUCCUGUUUGACUUUACUGUUGCUGUGUACACCGAAGCAGGAACUGCCACGACUAACAAAGACUACACCCAUGUCAGCAGAAAUAUUCCGUUCAGUAGAGAUCUUUCAGAGCUCGUAAAGAUAAGAAUCAUUGAUGACGACACAGUGGACCAUUACAGGGAGGAGACCUUUAAUGUCAUGUUGCAAAACGCACCAGGCGUGACGCAACGAAUCAAGCCGGUCAGGACACCUGUAACAGUCGUCAUAAGAGAUAACGACGUUGCAACAUUUGGUCUAGAGAGAGCUUCCUGCAAGGUUGAUGAAGCUGUAACACUCAGAGUGUGUGUGGUUCUCCAUGACAUGAAACGAGACUGCCCUGUGGAGUUUCCAUUCUACCUCAGACUUGAAGCAAGGGCUGUGACAGCUACAUCAGGGGACCACGAUGCCAAUGUGACCGACAUCACAAUUGGAGAGUGUAGUCGGUCACAGUGUACAAAUAUUACAGUGUAUGACGACAGUUUCCUGGAACUUGACGAAACAUUCUACAUUUCCCUGCUGAAGCUGCCCAACCACGACGGAAGAAUUCUGCUUGAUGUUGUGGAGAAGACAGUCACUAUAGAAGAUAAUGACACCAUCAGUAUUAUUUUCGACGAUCUGACAAUAGCGGUGGAGGGCUUUCCAGUACUAGUUUGUCUGUUGAUUGAGGGAAGGCCCAGCAGCGAUUGUCCUUCGUCGUUUGAAAUACGAGUUCUGCUUCGGACUGAGGAUGGAACUGCAACUUCCAGAGGGCAUUUCCCUGACUACGUCCGACAAUCAAGAAGACUCACAAUACCUGUUUGUGCAAAGGACUUCUGCUAUAACAUUUCAACGAUUGAUAAUUUAUCAGUGGAGUACCAUGAAUAUUUCAGCGUAGCUUUGACACGUGGUUCCAAUGGGGAUUUGAAUGAGAGAAUCAAUAUUCCUACACCCACUCAACGAUGCGAAAUUCUUGACGAUAAUAUUGCUGUUGUGGAAAUAUCGGCCCUUACAAAUGUGCUGGAGAAUAGGCGGUUACUCAAUGUAUGUCUCAAUGUGAGGACACCAGGACCCAGACUGUCUUGUCCGGUAGCUUUCGAGUUCACUGUCUCCAUCGUUAAAGAAGAUGUCACUACAGAUGCCGCUGACUAUGAUAGAAGCAGAGUUGACGUGACAUUCAGACCCUGUGUUGCUCGGCAGUGUAUAGCUGUACCCAUAAUAGAUGACUGCAGUCUGGAAAGAGACGAAAAUUUUACUAUUUCGUUGGAACCCGAAGUGGGCCUUACAAAUAGGAUCAUUACAAACGAUAGUCUCACAGUCACUAUUGAAGACGAUGACAACACUUUCAUUGAGAUGGAGCAUGCCGUGUAUAGAGUUUUCGAGAAUGCAAGUCAGAUUGAAGUUUGUUCUGUUAUAAGACCAGCUGGCUGCAAACCGUCAAUAGACUUCCCAGUGCGUAUUUACACUCGUCCCGAUAGCGCAGAAGCUACAGGGCUAAGUGCAGACUACGUGAGCGCUGAAACAAAUUUGAUCUUCUCUUCGUCUGUCAACAAGGCGUGCAUUACCAUCGACAUCCUUGACAAUAUUCAGGUGGAGCAUCUCGAAUAAUCGUUCCACGUGACUCUGGAACGAUUACCAAAUACACCUGAUGGGGUAAUCCUGCGGCGCAAUAAGGUUGAGGUGAUCAUCGUUGAUGAUGAUGUGGCUGAGCUGGGCUUGGUGAUGUUGGCCUACACAGUCAGAGAGGAAGACGAUGAGGAAGUUCAAAUUUGUGUGGAGGUCAAGAGUCCAGAUACCAUUGAAUGCCCUGUGGUGUAUCCACUUGAGUUCAUCGUUACAGUCACUGAUAUAAGUGCAACUGAAGGUGAAGACUAUGAAGACCCAGUCUACGAUGAGGACAACCCAUUCCGAUAUGAUGCUUGUGCUCGAGAAAGCUGCUUCUCAAUCGAAAUCAAGAACGACGAUGUAGUAGAGGAUAUGACUGAACAGUUCGAUGUGACUUUGGAGUUUAGCGGUGGGGGAGCCACAGUUGUUACAUUUCAGCAGGAUAUGGCAACAGUCACCAUCAUUGAUGAAGACUAAAAGUUUUCUCCGUUGUCUAGGGAGCAUCACUCAUGUUACAUAAUAGCAAUGUGAUGAAAUUGUCAGUGACAGAAGGUUAUUUGUUGCUAAUCCCAG